CAAUUUCUUCUUUCUCGGUAAACAAAAAUGUGGAAAAGAGCCUCUCGCGGAAGUGAUCAGUCAUCCCGAUUUCUAGAAGUUUAGGAAAUAACUUUAAGCACAGGGCGUCGAAUAAUCCGCGGGAUCGCGUUCGUUUUUUAAUUUUUCACGUCGAAAUUCCCAAGGCUGUGCGUAAUCUAAGCAUACGACCCGUUCGAAUUUGUUGUUAAGUUUUCAGUUGAGUUACGUCGUGUCAGUUAGUUUUGAAGGAGGCCAUCUUUGCAAUCUCCGUUCGGAGGUCUUUCGUUUGCCGUUCCGUUGUCUGGUGAAACGCCAGCAUUUAUCACACACAGAUAAUAAAAUGGCGUUAAAAAGAAUCAAUAAGGAACUACAGGACCUCGGGAGGGAUCCACCCGCGCAGUGUUCGGCGGGGCCCGUCGGCGACGACCUGUUCCACUGGCAGGCGACCAUAAUGGGGCCGCCCGACAGUCCGUACCAGGGCGGCGUGUUCUUCUUAACCAUACACUUUCCCACAGACUAUCCGUUUAAACCGCCGAAGGUGGCGUUUACGACAAGAAUCUAUCAUCCAAAUAUAAAUAGCAACGGUAGCAUUUGCCUGGAUAUAUUAAGGUCCCAGUGGUCCCCGGCGUUAACUAUUUCGAAAGUACUGUUAUCAAUCUGCUCACUUUUAUGCGAUCCCAAUCCGGACGAUCCCCUAGUCCCGGAAAUCGCUAGGAUAUACAAAACGGACCGGGAAAAGUACAACGAAUUGGCGCGCGAGUGGACCCGCAAGUAUGCCAUGUGAUGGCCCGGCCCCGCCCCCUCAAACCCGCACUUCACCUAAUUAGAUAAAGCAAAACGGAAAAAAAACUUAUUUAAUUUCAAAACAACAAACGAGAGAGAGACAUGCGCGCUCGCGCGAGACAACAGGAGCAUCAAAAUAUCCAAAAAUAUUAUCAAAUACAUAAAAACAGUUGUAAUAAUAAUAAAAAAAAACAAUGGAGUCGGAGGGGACAAUUUUCAGCUUCAAAAAAAAAAGGAUCCGACCCGACUGGAAAACUCUUGUACAUUAUUCGCUGUCCGGGAACCCGCGCCCCCUCCCGUCACCCCUCUGCCAAAAACGCGAAUUUCCCCGCGGGUGCGGGGCGUGGGGAGGUUCAGUCCUCCCUCCGUCCGCCCGCGGUCGGGUCGGCCUUCGUAUAUUCAUAAAAAUUACAUAAUUACUGUUAGUAAAUUAAUAUUGUAGGUUUUUGUGGUUUAACUAGGUGUAUAAAAUAAAUAUCAUUUUCCAAAAUGGAGUCGCAUUCGUCACUUUUCGUUUUCCGCCUCCUAGCGAGCGUUUUUUUUAUUAUUAUUUUACUUUUAGUAAAAUCCGGCUCGCUUGGCGUUCGCUUCGAAAAAUAAUAAAAUUAUUUGGUAUUUAAAAAGAUUUCGAAAUCGUUUUAACCUCGAAAUGUCAAAAAAUGGUUUUGACAUUUUAAACUGUCAACUAGAGAAGAUAUCAGAAUGUAAUUUUUUCGUUUAUUUUGGAUGUAGGUUAAAAUUUUACAGAUACUAGUGCCUGAAAGAAAAAACACCAAAUCUAGUUGUCGGGGGUUUUUAAAAACCAUCCUGGCAGUAGCGCCUUCAUUAGUGUCUAAGAUUUCCGCUUUCAUUUGCUCCCAUAUUUCGAAUUGCCCUUUUACAAAAACAGUUUACGUUCAGAAGAAAUUUUUGCUUUUGAAGUUUUUUAUAAACGUCAAAUCUUCAAAAGUGGCGUUUCGAAGUGGGUUGGCGCCGAACGAGCCGUGGAAAUCGAAAAAAAUCAAAAUUUAAUUUGAAAAAGAUGUAUAUAUUUAUACAGGGCGUCCAGGAAUAACGUUCGCAUUGCUACGUGAAAAAAUUAUAAUUUUUUUAUGCGAACACGUGUUUCUUGACUUUUGGCGGCUCGUUUAAGACAAUUAAGUUGAAAUUAUGAAGUCCAGUGCUGUCCCUGGAGGCGCCCCAACAUUUUUCACAGGUGACGCGCGGCCGCUGACUUUCUUACCAACUUUGUAUUCUUUUCCAAACUAAAAAAAACUAAUAAAUUGCCGAAAUUUUCGAGAAACAAAAAGGUUGCAUUUUUAAUCGUUUAAAUUAAAAAAAUGUUUAAAAAAGUCAGUGGCGCACGUCUCUUUUUAUAAGACACUACACUACACUUCAUAAUUUUAACUUAAUCAAAUAAGUUUUUUUUAAGUUUGACGCCCUGUGUCUAGAAUUUUCAUAUUUUUAUUACGCCCUGUAUAUCCGCGCGAUUUGCAUUUUUUUACCGGAGCGAAGAGAAUUGUCUCCUCUUCUUGUCCACCCCCACCCCUCCCCUCACCCGUAAAUCCUUAGAGAUUUCUCCGAGCCCUUCGCAUAGGUAUUUUUUAAUUUCGGUCUCGUCAAAUGUCAACUGUCAAAGUGAGAAACACGAUCUUUUUUAGGUUAUGUUCCUUCCCCCGCCCUUAUUCAAAAACUUUAUUAAAAUCUAUUUAAAAACCGAACAAGGCUCGUUUUCU